AUGACCGAAACGGAUCUGCAAUUGAUUUAUUAUGAUUUCCAUAAAGUGGCACUGCCAUUUGUCAAGAACCUGCCAAACCUCUUUCCUCCAGUUUGCCAGACUCUAACUUUUUAUUUGAGAAUGGUAUCAUUUGUGAUGGCUUACAGUUUUAUGGAACCAAUCAAUCCAGCACUAGAUCCAUCAGAUACUGAACAAGAAAAGGCCCCACCCAUGCUGGUCCCCAUGGCUGACAUCCUGAACCAUGUCUCAAAACACAAUGCAGAACUUUCUUAUGGUGCUACAUACCUCAAAAUGAUUGCCAUUAAAGACAUAGAAAAGGGUGAAGAGGUCUUCAACACGUACGGAAUGCUGGACAACGCCCAGCUCCUCAACAUGUAUGGCUUUGCUGAACUUUUUCCUGCCAACAUAAAUGAGACGGUGACCAUUCCAAUACGGCUGUUGAAAGAAGUUGCUGAACAAUUGGACGUCCACAAACAGAAACCAGAUUUGUUGUUAUGCAAAUGGAAUUACAUGCAAAAUUCUAAUGUUGGAGAUGAAACUGAUGAAUUUAUUGUUGGAAUGAAAGGCUUCCUCACACGAUAUGAAGUUUUAAUCUGCUUAAAGAUUUUACACAUGGAAGAAACUGCAUUUAAUGCUCAAAAAGACCAAGGUUUUGAUGAAGAUCUGGACAUGUUCUUCUCAGACGAUAAUGAGGAAAAUGAAGAAGAAAACAAUAAUGACGAUGAUGACGACGACGAACUGUUAAAAUUUAAACAUUUGAAGAAGCUGGAUGCUGCCUGGAGAAGGACACUCAGAAUUUGUGCGGAAAAAUGUUUAGAGAGAUACCGAACAAGCUUGGCUGAAGAUACGAGGUUGUUAGACGAGGGACAAGUGAAAACAAGGAUCAAUCGUCAGCGAUACGCAUUCUACACAACAUAUUCACAGAAGAAACUGCUGCAAAGACUCAUUCACUUCUGUAGAGAAUAA